CGCUUUGAAUUGGUAAUGUUUUUCACCGCCUGCCAAAGCAUAGGUGGCCAUAGAUGAUCCUCUGAUGCAAACGUUCUUUGCUGACUGAAAGAAUGGCGGACGGAGUUGAACCAACUGAAAAGUCUCCUUUACUGUCGAGUAGCGAUGAUUCGCGCUCUAACAAGAUUCCAGAUGUCUCCGUUAAAUCUGGAAAAAGUGAAAUUGGAAAAUCUACGAACAUGGUACCUUUUACCAAAUUGUUUGAUUUGGCUGACAAACUUGAUGUAUUCCUUAUGAUUAUUGGAACAAUUGGUGCAAUAGUAUUUGGUGGAAUGCAACCGGGGCAGUUCAUCAUUUUCGGAAGUCUAACUGAUGAUUUUGUCGAGUUUGGUCGAUGUAAAUUAUCGAAUUGUUCCAGUCUGCCGGAUAUCGAAGAAUCAACCAGGAAAAUUGCCUAUUGGUACGUAGGUAUUGCACACGUGUUCCUUUUCAGUGGCUACAUGAUGAUGGCAGGUUGGGGCAUUUCAUCCGAAAGACAGAAUCAUAAAAUACGAUUAGCGGUGUUUCGAUCGAUAUUAAGACAGGACAUUGCUUGGUUUGAUUAUCACGAUGCUGGAGAACUGAAUUCACGAUUAGUCGAUGACUUAAACAAGAUAGUCGAUGGUAUGGGGGAAAAGUUUGCUCGCUUUAUACAAUGCUUAACAACUUUCAUUGGAGCCUACAUCAUUGGAUUCAUCUACGGCUGGCAAUUGACCUUGGUUUUGCUCUCAAUGUUACCUUUAAUGGCUUUUGGAGGAGGAAUUAUGGGAUUGUUAUCAGCAGGAUUUACAGCACAAGAGGUAAACGCUUAUGCCAAAGCGGGUAGUAUUGCUGAAGAGGUUCUCUCGUCCAUGAGGACUGUGGCUGCCUUCGGGGGCGAAGAAAAAGAAACAAAAAGAUAUGAAGAGCGUCUUGCUAAUGCAAGCGAAUUUGGUGUUAAAAAAGGCCUCGCAAUGGGAUGUGGAAUGGGUUUUCUUCAAUUUGUUGUCUUUGCAUCAUAUACUCUGGCAUUUUGGUACGGCUCAAAACUUGUAAUCCAGAAGGAUAUGUCAAGCGGUGACAUGAUGACAGUGUUUUUUUCCGUUGUAACCGGAUCAAUUGUUCUCGGUCAGAUUGGCCCAAAUCUUCAGGCCAUGGCGACUUCUCGUGCUGCCUCAUAUAAUAUCUUUGCGAUCAUUGAUCGGGAACCUGUUGUGGACGCUCUUACUGACGAAGGUCUGAAACCUGAAAAGAUGGAUGCCAAUGUUGAAUUUAGAAAUGUGAAAUUUCGAUAUCCAACUAGACCUGACCUCAAGGUGUUACGAGGCUUCAAUCUUACUAUCCCUCAAGGAAAGACAGCAGCACUGGUUGGCGGAAGUGGUUGUGGAAAAAGUACUGUCGUAAAAAUACUUCAAAGAUUUUAUUCGAUGACCAGCGGGACGGUUACAAUUGGUGGUGAUGAUAUCAAAGCUUUGAACUUGAAGUGGUUGCGCAGUCACAUAGGUGUGGUUAGUCAAGAACCCAUUCUAUUUGCAACAACCAUAGCUGAUAACAUUUCAUAUGGACGAGAGGGGGCUACGAUGGACGAAAUUAUAGAAGUUGCAAAAAAGGCCAAUGCUCAUUCUUUUAUUACACAGUUUCCUCAGGGCUACCAAACAUUGUGUGGUGAACGAGGAGCACAAAUGAGCGGCGGUCAAAAGCAACGUAUUGCUAUUGCAAGAGCAUUGAUUAGAAAUCCAAAGAUAUUGUUGCUUGAUGAAGCUACCUCCGCUCUUGAUACUGAAAGCGAAUCAAUCGUUCAGGAUGCUUUAGAUAAGGCGAGCGAAGGUCGAACAACGAUUGUGAUCGCACAUCGACUGUCUACAAUCAAGAACGCCGACAUGAUCGUUUCUGUCGAUAAAGGGAGAGUGUCUGAGAUUGGCACACAUGACGAACUCAUGGCUGCCGGUGGAAUUUAUAAAGACCUCGUUACUCUUCAGAUGUUGGCUGCAGAACAAGAUAAACAAGUAGAACCAGAAGAUGUCGAUGAUGACGGCGAAGAAAACGCCGUUGAUUUGAAGUUGUCCUUAUCGUCAAGUGGAAGUGUUCAGGCCGAUGUCCGUUAUGGUAGACAACUUUCUCGACAACUUUCCCGGAGAUCUAUGGGACAAGCUGACAUUGUUCUCGAAGAAGAUGUUAAACCUGCACCGAUUUUUUCUGUAAUUAAACUGAACUUUCCUGAGUGGAAGUGGAUGGCCAUUGGUUGUAUUGGGUCCGCAUUGACUGGUGCUUUUCCAUUCGUUUUGCUCUCAUUUUGGGGGAACGUUCUUCAACACAAUCGAGACGAUCCCCAUGAAAGGGAAAUUAUGAAAGAUGACUCACUCAAAUGGGCGCUAUUUUUCCUCGUCAUUGGAGUCGCGACUGGUAUAGGAAUGAUUCUUCAGAAUUGGAUGUUUGCAAAAGCCGGAGAGAAACUUACUACAAGACUGCGCAAAAAGGCAUUUGCAGCAAUGCUUCGGCAGGAAAUCGGAUUUUUCGAUGAUAUCAAUCACAGCACUGGAGCUUUAUGUACUCAAUUGUCAAGUCACGCGUCUAAAGUGCAAGGAGCAACAGGUCCAACCGUUGGGCUGGCAGUUUCCUCCCUUGUGACGGCUGUCGGUAGUUUGAUCGUAGCUUAUAUUUCUGGCUGGAAGCUUGCUCUUGUUAUCACGGGUUUUGUUCCCUUCAUCAUCGUUGCUGGAAGUCUUUCUAUGUUAUUGAUGGGUAGUAAAGAUAGAUAUGGUGGCGACGAGGAAAGUGGCCAGAUUGCGAUCGAGACGAUCUCCAACAUGCAAACUGUUGCGUCACUUGGAAGAGAAGAGUUGUUUUAUGAAAGAUAUGUAAAAGUCGCCGAACGACACUAUUACUUUUUCAAUGUUUAUUUUUCGACAGUUCUAAUGUCAAUCAUAAUGGGAUCCUUGAUGAUUGGUCAACUUGCUGCAUUGAGUCCAGAUUUCAAUAAAGGAAGGAUUGGUGCUGCCCAUCUCUUCAAAUUGUUCGCUAGAGUGCCAAAAAUUGACAGUGCAUCUGAUAAGGGUAUCAAACCGAAUGGUGUUGAAGGAAACAUACAAUUCCGAAAAGUAAAGUUUCGGUAUCCAGCACGAAGAAAUGUAAAAGUUCUACGUGGUUUGAACUUUAGUGUAAAAUCCGGAGAAACUUUGGCUUUAGUUGGAAGUAGUGGAUGUGGAAAGAGUACUUCUGUUUCGCUCAUUGAAAGAUUCUACAAUCCUGAAUCCGGUUUGGUUACUUUGGACGACAAUGACAUUAAUGCCCUGAAUAUAAAAUGGCUUCGCAACCAGAUUGGAAUUGUUUCCCAAGAACCAAUUUUAUUUGAUUUGACAAUCCGUGAAAAUAUCGCGUAUGGUGACAACACAAGAGAAGUUAGUAUUGAAGAGAUUCAAACAGCUGCCAAGAAUGCAAACAUCCAUGAUUUCAUAACAUCUUUAACAAACGGUUAUGAAACAAAAGUUGGUGACAAAGGAACGUUGAUUUCUGGAGGUCAGAAACAGAGAAUUGCGAUUGCUCGAGCUCUGGUUCGUAAUCCAAAGAUACUUCUCCUUGACGAAGCAACAUCUGCACUGGAUACGGAAAGUGAAAAGAUUGUUCAGGAUGCGCUUGACAAAGCUCGCGAAGGUCGAACAACAUUAGUGAUUGCUCAUCGUCUCUCCACCAUUCAAAAUGCCGACUGUAUUGUUGUUUUGAGAAAGGGAAGAGUCAUUGAACAAGGCACUCAUCAACAGCUUAUCAACAAGAAAGGAGCGUAUUACGUUCUUCAAAAAGCUCAAGCUCUUGGUUCUGAGUUUUGAUUUAUUACUUGGUUACUCUGGAUUAGUAAACUAACUCUUUACUGUUGCAGGUCUCCCUAUUUACUAUUGUUAGGUCUCCCCCAACAGAAGCAUGAUGAAUAAUUACUAAAACAACAUUUAACACAAAAUGUACGACAAACAGACCUAUUCCUCAUCAGAUUUUCUUAUAUCAUAUUAACAACCAAACUUUAAACAUUCGAAGUAAAGUUAAUCAUGCAAUUUACGUACACCUGCCAUUGAAAGGUAUAUAAAAGAUAAAAAGUAAAUACUUCAUAAACAUUGUUGAUGAAAA